GCUUUUGUUAACCUGACAUAUUAACUACAGUUAGCUGACAAAGCUAGCCGGCAGAAUAUAUCCGGGUAUAGUAGCUAGAUUUGCUGCUUGAUAGCUUGUCUCAUUGUUCGUGGCCGGUUCAGUGAGCUGGAAGAAAAUGGAUUACGUGAUGCUAACGGCUCACCCUAGCUGAUGCAACUUUACUCGGUCAUUGUCAUUAUACAAUCAGCUCAUUUAAACCCGUUAGUUAGCUGGCUCAGUAAUCUCAUGCAGCUGAAUAGCUAGAUUGUUGAGCGUAUGUAUAACCUUAAAUCACUAAUGCCACGAUGAUGCUCCAGGAUGGCGCUACACAGCUUCUUUGCCUCACAGCCAGCAGCGGGGUCCCUCUUUUCACAAGAGGAGCCUCCAAACAGCUGCCCUUCUCUGUCAUAGGCUCUCUAAAUGGUGUUCACAUGUUCGGAGGUGGUCAGGGGGUAGUGUUGACCUGCUCUGAGACGCAAGGUGGAGGGAAGGUGGUGUGGAGACUUUUCCAGGACAGUGUGAUACUCAUCGCUGUGAGUGGAGGUGGAGAUGGCGGAGUGGGCAGCAGCAAAGAGGAGGAGGCCCGUCUACAACGCCUCCUGGAGAAUGUGUGGGGCUGCAUGGUGCUGGUGUUAGGGCUGGAUGAGCUGGUUAAUGUCCGGAAUGUUGAGAGGCUUAAAAGGGAACUCAGGUCCUGCUUCAGUCUUAUUGAUGAGCUACUGGAGGACAAGCAGGAGGGUAUUCUGGGAAACCUUACACAUUGUGCUGAUUCACUGGUGCCCCCAAAUCCUGCUCUUUUUCAGGAGGCAGUGGAUGGUUUUGCUCAGGCUGCAGACAGCGAGUUUGGUUGCCUCGUUGUUCAUGGGCGAAUCGCUACAGCAACUGAAAAGUGGUGGCGCCUCGCACCGCAGGAAGUUGUCCUGCUUUCUGCUUUGAUACGCUCACACUCAGCCUCUGGAUCUGCUUCUUGUGAUUACCCAAUUUUCCUUCCUCAUGGCAGCCCCACUGUAGCCCACCGUCUUCUCCGCUUCCAGCUGCUGCCCGGAGCAGACGUAUGUGUGCUGUGCGGUCCAACCCCAUCCCUGCAUGGAGCUGAGACUGGGCUGGUGGGUCGUUUCUGGUCUCCUUUGGUCGAGACCCUGAGAGAGUGCCUGGCUGUUGGAGAACGCUGCCUACCAGGGUCUGUAUCCGUUCGGCCUGAUGUGCUGGCACUUCUUCUCAUCAACCGUGAAACACGUCGUGCAGUCUCCUGUGUACGGACUUCCAAUUACCAUUACGAUGAUCCAUUACUCUCCAGAGCCCGCUGCUGGGAGCUGCUGAAACUCUUUUAUAUCUUCAGCACCUCACGGUACUUCACCCAGGAAGAGCCUUUAUGUGUCUCCACAGAAGAAAAGGCUCAAAGAGGCAACACUGAAGACUUUCCUCUUGGAUUCUCCCACCAGCCCCAACAAUGUUAUCUAGUUACAGAGGAAUGCAAAAGCUAUGGACUUCAAACACCACAGCACCAGCUGUUUCUGCUCAUCUUACCAUCUGUGCCCACGUUUGCACUGCGUACACUGGCUACACAGACUCUGUCUGAUAUAGUAGCAGCCACAGGGUUCUAAUUGAAUUUGCUGUUUAACACCUUUUUUUUAAAAAAUCACAGGUGAAUAUCUAUAACAUUAAUGUGAAUUUACAUUUUCUUUACUGAUUUACGCAAGCAUAUUAUAUGCUCACACACAAAUCUCACAUCAUAAAGAUAAGCUACUAUUUUUGUAAAGACAGUUAUUAACUGUGCACUGGUAAAAUCUAUGGUAGAAACAAUGAAACACUACUCAAGCUCUUACAGUUUCUACUACGCUGCCUCUAAUGCUGGCAAAAUAUAAAAACACAUUGAAAUGUUA